CUCAUGUUUUUUGUUGAUUUAUAAAAAUCAAAACAAUAAUAAAUAAAAACAUUUAAUUUAGUGUUGAAUGAGGGAAUAAUCAAAAAUUGUCAUUUAAUUAUGGCUUUAACAAACAUUUUACUGCUUAGUCAAAUCGCAGGCUACGUUAUCGCCCUAAUUUUGUCUCUGUGCAUCAUUGUCCCCAUGAGCCUGCAGCAGGAUGAUUUCAAGGGACAUUGUUUAUUAUUUUCCACUGGAGAAUGGCAGGAGUCUGAUGGGCAGCUAAAUGUACACUGGGCCUCUCAGGGCUACUGUAACUACACCAUUUUUGUAGGUGUGACUUUGGGCUUAGUGGCAAUCAUUCAAAUUUAUAGGUUGUCUGUUUUAUUAUUCAAAGGACAAGACAGCAGCUUUUUAUCAGCCUUUAUUGAUGUAGUUUCAGGAAUUCUUUUAAGUGCUGGCACAAUCAUUGCAGCCUGUAUGAUCACUUUUGGAUUUAUGGCAUGGUGUGAAAAUAUGACUCAAAGGUUUCCUUCAUGUGAAUUGGCUGCUGGACAAGACAUUGACCAUAAAGACGAAAUAAACACAAAAAAUUUCUAUAUAGAACUGGGAACUGCUCAGUUUGGUGUGUGGGGUUCAUUUGCAAUAUGGGUGGGACUAACAGUUUGUGCUAUUAUUAAACUACUGAGAUACCACCAGCUGGAGAAUAUCAGGGUUUCAAUGUUUAGGGAACGACAGAGGCUUAUUAAUGAAAAUGCCGACUCUCCAGGUAGUUCAUUAGGACGUGAGUCUACAAAUACUCAGUCAACAGCAACUGCAGAGUGAUUAGCUCAAGGGAUCUUAAGAUACCCCUAUAUUAUCAUUUAUGCUAUUAUUCAUAUAACAUUGUUUCUCCAUCAUACUGUAUACAGACUAGUUAAUAUUUUUUAACUGAUAUUAGAAAAAGCAGGAUAGAAAGCAAGUGCACUUUGUGCUCCAUAAAAUCCUAUUAAUUAUUGUUUGGCCUAAAGAAUUAAUAUUGUAAGUUAUUAAAUUUAUUGUGAUAUAUACAUAUUUAUACAUACAUAUAUUAUGUUUUAAGUAGGAUAGAUAAAGUAUAAAUAUUGCCAAAAAUCAUUAUGGAACCACAUUUCCAGUUCUUAUAAUUUUAUAUCAGAAGCAUAUGUUAUAUUUGCAAAGCACAUUUAAACAGAAUAUUCUCAGAUCCAAACAUUUGUAAUCUGUAGUGAGAUUAUUAAGCUGUAGUUAUUUAAAAUAUUUCUAUUUUAUGUCUUAAACGUUAUUUAUCACUUAAAUAUAUUAUUAUCCUAAAAUGA